UCCAUUAACAAAAAAAAAAAAAAAAAAAUACGCCUCCCCUGACCCCUCCUUCCUUCACCACUCCUCCAACCCCACUCCCUUUCCGAUUCCCCCAACCUACCCCACCCGCCGCCGCUCGCCGGUAAAGUCCCCCACCGCCGCUGCCUUCCUGAUUUCCCGUUCUCCAAUUUUCAGCAUCUUCUUCGUCUUGUUCGCCAGCAUGUUCAAUUUCGGAGACGAGUUGACGCUCCAGAGCUCCAGGAUUCCAUGGCUAAUCUGGAUUCAGAUUCUGGUCCUCGCCCUCAUCAUCUUCCUCUUCUACAGCUUCUCCAUCACUCCCACCGACGAUGCCUCCCUAUCAUCCUCCUCCGCCGGCCCCGCCUCCGCCGAUUCCCCUUCCUCCAGCUACCGCCGAGAUCCCGACGAUAUGAAAAACAUCGCGAAGCACGACGGCGGCGGUGAUUCCUCGACUGCCGCCGCCGAUUACAUCCGCCAAUGCCAGGUGACUAGGAGCCAGAGCAUAAAAGGAGAGGUAGCAAUGCCGGCGACCACAGGGAGAAGAAUAGUGAGGGAAGAAGCCACAGAGGGGGAUGGUGUUACUAACUACCAUCCCUGCAACUACAUCAGGCUCGCUAAACUGGUGUUCCUCAAAUGCUUUGGCCUCGACUGCGAACUCGAGCGAUCUUCGAGCUCCGAGAAGAAGAAACGGAGAUGACAGUUUAGUUAGGCACUGAAACUGUGGGUUUCUCCAAUUUCGUCUGUCUAGAUUCAGUCCUGUAUGUAUGUAUGUAUGUUUUGAGGUUAAGCUCGGAGGGCUUGCGGAAGCACAGGAAGGUCUCUACUCUCUACUGGAAGUCUGUAGAUGAAGCAAAUAUGAGGUUGAUGGACAUGGAUGAAGAAGGGCCAUUACAAUACAUGGGGAAGGAUUCAAGCAAAGGUGGACUGACUUCAAAGACCUCUCUUUGUCUGUUGUGAAAACGCUUGAGAUGUUAGAUCUUUGUGAAGGAUGCCCUGAUUUAUGUGCAAAGUUCAAAUUUGUAAAUAUUUAGAUUCAAUUUGAGCCAGAGGAUGCAAGUGUAACCUGUAAAUUUGGCAUCGUCCGAGAAAUACUCUACUGGUGUAACUGUUUAAGCCACAUUGGUGAAGUAUCAUCCUCAAUCCUGGAUUGGAAUGGUGGAUCCAUGGAUCAAAUGGAUUGAUUCAAUGGAUUGGUGGAU